AUGGCCGUCGCGCUGCUGGUCGCCGUGCCCCUGCUGCUGCUGCAAGCGCCCGCCGACACCGGCGCCCACUACGAGAUGAUGGGCACCUGCCGCAUGAUCUGCGACCCGUACAGCGGCGGGCGGCCGCCCGGGCCCGGCAGCACCGCCGCCGUGGAGGCCCUGCAGGACCUGGGCGCCAACCCCCCGCCGCCCUUCGUGCAGGGACCCAAGGGGGAGCCGGGCCGGCCGGGCAAGCCGGGCCCCCGCGGGCCGCCCGGGGAGCCGGGCCCGCCGGGGCCGCGGGGCCCGCCGGGGGAGCGGGGCGACGCGGGGAAGCCGGGGCUGCCCGGGCUGGCGCUGGCGGGCGCGGGCGGCGGCGGGAGCGGCGGCGGGGCGGCGGCGGGCGGCGAGGCGGCGGGCGGGCUGAGCGCCGCCUUCAGCGGGCCGCGCAUCGCCUUCUACGUGGGGCUCAAGAGCCCCCACGAGGGCUACGAGGUCCUCAAGUUCGACGACGUGGUGACCAACCUGGGCAACCACUACGACCCGGCCAGCGGCAAGUUCACCUGCCAGGUGCGCGGCAUCUACUUCUUCACCUACCACAUCCUCAUGCGCGGCGGCGACGGCACCAGCAUGUGGGCCGACCUCUGCAAGAACGGCCAGGUGCGGGCCAGUGCCAUCGCCCAGGACGCAGACCAGAACUACGACUAUGCCAGCAACAGCGUGGUGCUGCACCUGGACUCCGGCGACGAAGUGUAUGUCAAGCUGGAUGGAGGCAAAGCACACGGAGGCAACAACAAUAAGUACAGCACUUUCUCUGGCUUUCUUUUAUACCCCGAUUAACACACAAGUGACACGACGGCCCCGCCACUGGUGCACUUGGGGCUGUUUGGCAAUUCCAUACCCCAUCGUGCUGCUGUUCCUGCUGGUGUCCACUGUCUCCGCAGGUCAUUUAGCUUCAUUAUCAGUUUGUAUGUUUUUAUUUUCACCCUUAUGGAAACGAAAUAGAAAUGAAACAAAGUGAACCCCUUCCUUACUCUCCCCCGUUUCUUCUGACCCCCGCUCUCCCUUUGUCUGCCUGUUUCGUGUGUCACAUGAGGAACUUGGCAGCUUGAAACUCUGAAUGGUUCCAGGAGGGUUUGAAAGAGCCCAGAGUUUGGACUGUGUCACACGGGAUUUGAACAGGUCACAAUUUGCCAUCAAUAAGUAUUAAUGACAAUGAUGAAUUUUCAGAUCGACAAUUCACAAAGUGGGACUGGAUCAUAACUGUUUUUUCCUCUGCUGCUUUGUAUGGGGUCAAGUGUAAACUUUUCUUUCUGUGCAAUGCAAUGCUCGUGUGAAUGAUGGUGUCAUUAACGUCAAACCUGUUUCUGUCUGCAAAAGAAUUUGGUCACUGACCACAGCCACCCAAAUACCACAUUAAAUUAUGUUUUUAGACAAUGCCUUCUUGCUUUUUCUCUCUUCCAGUGCUACAAAGCAGCACUGUGGUGGUGCCACAGGAGGGUGGGGAGUAAAGGAAGGGGUCACUUCAGUCCCUUAUGUUUAUAGUAAUAUUUAAAGUUAGGAUGGGGUUCCUUGCCUAGGUCUUGAAUGUGGUUCAAGGGGGCUGGGAAGAAGUAGAGAGAGAGGAAAAAAGCUUCACAGUUAUGCAGUUUUGUGAAAAGAAGGCACACAGUUAUCUAGAGGUGAAAGUGGGGGUGUGGAGUGAAUCCUCUAAACAGAUUUACUGGGUUAAAACCUGAUCCAGAGGUUAGCAAAGUACAGGAAAAGGAGAUUAAUCAGUUAUUAUGGAAAGCCAUGUUUCUGUAACAUGAUGACAAAUGUUAAGAAGGCAGCAGGGGAUGGAGUGGCUAAACUCAAGAGUUUGUCUAAACCCUGGCACUUGCAGUAUGUGUAUGGGUUGGAAACCACACCUGACUGGGCAGUGCCUGAGAAGGGCUGGGUGAGACAAUUCGCUCAGGACUGAUGGAUUCAGACCAUUUAGAAGGGUUUUCUCCUGAUGGUCCUGUGUAAAUCCCAGCCACCCUUGGUCUUUUUUCGAAAUGCGCAGGUGUGGUGCAUUGGUAUGCCUCAGUAGUGCACGUGGUUCUGAGCCUUUGGUGGAGGAGGUGCAUUUGUCAUCAUCACCCCAGUGGGUAACUCCUCAGUUUGGGUAAAUUGGGACUGCUCUGCUGAAGCUAGGAGAGGUAAAUUGAUUUACAAAAGCACUUACUUUCAUUGUACUGUCUUGUCAUUUCAUUUUUCCCUCCUGAAAGUCUUACCUCCAUAUCAGCUCUCUGCCCUUGCCAGUGUUAGUGCAGUUUCACAGACCAGAGAGACAGGGGCUGGUCUGAAACAGCUCUGCCCAGGCUGGAGCUUUGCCCCUGCCCUGAUGUUGCAGGAGGAAAGGGAGCCACAGGCAGAUGGACUUGUUCCAGCCCCACUCUGGGGCAGCCCCAUGAUGACCAAGUUCUCAGAGUCACUCCUGUUUCCUACCCAGUCCUCAGUGGGUUUUGUCUUCUCCUUGGCUGGAAGGGGAGGGUCAAAGGGAGAAGGCAAUUCCUCCAUCCUGUCCUCAAACAUCCCCUGCUGGGGGAAGCAGAGUUCAUAACCAGGUACACGUGUUAGACACUUAUCAAUCUCUUAUGUCUUGUCGAUUUGUACUAUUUAGAAUAUGAUUAAAUCCAGUGUCUGAGACCAUCCAAAUGAAGUAUAAUUGCUAUGGAUCCUCAAUUCCCACCGGAUCCGUAAUCCUUUUUGACUAUUCCUCCUCCCUCCUUCAAUGAAAUGGAGCUUAGACACAAAGCCCUUGGUUUAAAUUUCAAAAAAUUAAAAUUGACAUGCAGCAGCAUUAG